AUGCGCAUGCGCAGCUUCCGUGACGCGGCCCCAACGUCGCUGGUGUAUACGCUAUCCAACUCUCAAUGAGGGGAAUGACGUUACAGCAACAUCAACAUAGCUGAUUACCGGCAGAGAAAUGGAGUUUCAGUAUAUUGAAGACUAUUUUAAACGUGGCUUUACAACAGAUGAAAUCCUUCAAUUGCUUUCUUCUUUACAUGGGAUUGUGCUAAGCAAACGCACCCUUGAAAGAAUUUUAAACAAAAAGCAGCUCUGGCGUAGGAAGAAUAAAACCGAUGUGGCUGAGGUGGCAACCUUCAUUGAACAACAACUGGAAACUUCUGGUCAAUGUCAUGGUUACAGAUGGAUGCACCAAAAGUGUUGGUUACAUGGCAUUAUAACUGACAGAGAAACCGUUCGAAUAUUGCUUCAGUUAUUGGAUGGUGAAGGUGUUGAUCUGAGGUCAAGAAACAGACUGCGAAGGCGUGUUUACCACAGCUGUGGUCCAAACUAUGUCUGGCACAUUGAUGGCUAUGACAAACUUAAGCCAUUUGGAAUUGCUAUCAGUGGACGCAUUGACGGUUUUUCAAGAAAGAUGAUUUGGCUUGAAGCCUACAAAACAAACAAUGACCCAAAGAUCAUUGCCGGCUACUUCAUGGAUGCUGUGAUCAAUGCUGAUGGAUGCCCUGCCAGACUAAGACUGGAUUUAGGAACUGAAAAUGGACAUAUGGCUGAAAUGCAGCGGCUUUUGCAUUUGUCCGGGGACCAAGCUGAGACGGACUGUGUAACCUUUGGUCCAAGCACAGGAAACCAGCGGAUUGAGCGUUGGUGGCUGACCCUGCGCAGUGAGUGUGUCCAGUUUUGGAUGGACCUGUUUGACAAAUUGAGAGAAGAUGGCUACUUCUCAGACGACUUUUUGGAUAAGUCCUUGAUCCAGUUUUGCUUUCUUCAAACAAUACAGGAGGAACUUAAUGAGGUAAUAUUGACUUGGAACAGCCACAGAGUCCGUCGAGUCCACAACUCCCGAUCACCUCAUGGACGUCCCUCCAUACUGCAUGCAGUCCCUCAACUGUUCGGAGGCAGAGAUUGUUUGCACCAUGUGGACCUAGAGAAUGUUCAAGUCUGCCUUGAAGAGUGUGUAUUCAAGGACUUCCCCUGCGAUGAAGACGUGUUUCAUAUCUGUGUGGACCUAAUGUCAGAGUAUAACCUGAAAUUAAACAAUGAUGUGUUUGAAACAGUGAACCUGUAUAUUGAACUCAGGCAUCUGAUAAAGAAUGAACUAAAUCCUUAA